AUAUCGCGAAACCAAAGUGCGCGGUGCCUCCGUCAAAAGUCCCGGAACGUUCGUCCAGCGCAGACAUGAGACCCGACAGUAGACUCAAACUGAAAUCAGAAUGCUUCGCCAUCAACAGGUUGCAGCUGUUGGAAUACGAAUAUCACACUGCACUCGACGACCUUAAAAAAGAUCAAAUAUCCUUCAGUAUUCUCUCCGACGUCUGCCUGCCGGUGUCGCUACUGAUCCUCGUAGUAGUGUGGGGUUACCAAUUGAACGCCAUGACCAUAGACACCGAUAGUGGAGACAAUCACACGAUGUUACUCGUGUAUGGCAUCGGACUCAUUGUGGUCUCGGGCACGGCUUGCGUUUACAUAGCCAUACGAAUGGCAGUCAUGCGACCAGAAGUCGAGGUGACCACGUUUCUCCAGGCAGAGGUAAUGAGGCCUUUACAUUCUGAACAAAAACGAUCUCAGUGUUUCUACUAUCAGACUAUUCCCGAUAUACACAGGACUGGUAAAAAACCAACCAACAUUUUUAUUGUGUAAAGUAGGUAUAUAUCAUAUGAAUAUCUUGUUUGAUGUGUUCAUACUUAGUCAUUUUGUAUUUAUAUUAAUAUUAUUUUAAUAGAAACUAUUACAUAUUAUUUACUAAAAGUUAUUGUAAGUAAGCUCAAUUUUGUUAUCCGUCUAAUUAUUUUAUACUUGUAUAUUGUUUUAUUUUAUUUUAUUCCGAAAGUUCGUAGUCCUUGUAAACUGAUCAGUAUUAAUGCUGAACCUAUGUGUAUAUAAUAUGUGA